AUGGUCAACUCUUCGCGUACCAUGGGUGCACUGAUUAUUAGAGGCAUAGAAGAAACUGAUGGAGGAAUAUACGGUUGCCAAGCAGAAAACUCUGUGGGAAGAAGUGUUGUACUAGAAACUCAUGUCGUUAUAGUCGAACCACCUACUUUCUUAACUCGUCCUCCACCAGAGCUACGUGUGCCUGAAGGUGCUCCAGUAAAUGUGAACUGUAGAGGGUUUGGUGAUCCACUUCCAAUCGCUUACUGGGUUCACCUAAAGAAAAGCCGUCCUCAAGCAGCUGUAAUUGACCGUGUUGAGUGUGUUGGAGGCGAGUCGAUGAAAAUAUACUGGACACCAGUCUGUUCAACGCUUCCCGCGCCUUCGAACGUCCGAAUUAGUGGUGAAUCCGAGUUGCGAUGGGAUCCAGUAGAACACGCCAGAUCCUACAGGGUCGAAUCGCGGCACGACAAAGCUUCAACAUUCGAGGAAAUAGUAUGUUUUCACGCAGAAAAUGUCUUGAACAGUCAAUGGUAUGGAUUAAAAACCGAUUCCGCUCUUCAAGCCAGUUUUGAGGUUCGUGGUAGCUUAAAGGACGAGGUGGACUAUUGCUUUUCUGAGGAGACGCCAAAUGCUAUUGAUGACAUGUUAAGAGAGAAGUAUUUGUUCGGAGUUCAAAACGUUCCAGUGCAGCUAAUGAACGAUCUUCGAAUAGAACGACUACGCCGAGAAUUCAGACUGUCUCAUUUGUGA